GUCACCCAUCCUCCCGCGGAACGCGGCCGACCCUGCUUAGCUCCGCUGCCGCGCGGGCCGCUUAAACACCGAACACGUCACUCGGGCUCCUCCCCGCCGUGGGCGGGGCCCGCGCCCGCCGGCCAAUCAGCAGCGCGGGGGCGCGGCCGGCAGCGCGGGGAAGAUGGCGGACACGGAGAGCGGCGUGGGGAAGCGGCCCAGGGGCGCGCAGGUUGAGGACAGGAAGGUGGACUGGCGGCGCUGGAAGCAGGAGAGGAAAGCAGAGACGAAGAAAUGGAAGGAAAUUAAGCUGCUGAAGAAACUGGAGAAACAGCGGGUUCGAGAGCUGGCAGAACAACAAGCCCAGACGCAGGAGGAGCAGAAGGAAGACAGAGGCCGUCAGCACACGCUGAGCGUGGCCCUGCCCGGCUCCAUCCUGAACAACGCACAGUCGCCGGCGCUGCGCGCGUACCUGGCGGGACAGAUCGCCCGCGCCUGCGCCAUCUUCUGCGUGGAUGAGAUCGUGGUGUUCGACGAGCACGGAGAGGAUGUGAAGAGCGUGGAGGGGGAUUUUGAAGGAAUUGGGAGGAAAGGCAAGGCUUGUGUGCAGCUGGCUCGGAUCCUGCAGUACUUGGAGUGCCCUCAGUACUUGAGGAAGUCCUUUUUUCCAAAGCACGAAGAUCUGCAGUUUGCAGGGCUGCUCAACCCCCUGGACAGCCCCCACCACAUGCGGAUGGACGAGGACUCGGAGUACCGGGAGGGCAUCGUGCUGGACCGGCCAACGAAGCCAGGCAGAGGCUCUUUUGUUAACUGUGGGAUGAAGAAGGAGGUGCAGAUUGACAAACAGCUGAACCCUGGUCUGCGAGUCACCGUGCACCUGAAGGAGCCCCAGAAUCCAGAAGCCAAAGUGCGGAAAGGCACCGUGGUGUCCUCGCACCACCCCCGGACAAUCUCAGGCUUGUACUGGGGUUACAGCGUCCGCCUGGCCUCCUGCUUGAGUGCUGUCUUUUCUGAGUGCCCAUUCAAGGAAGGUUACGAUCUCUCUAUUGGGACCUCAGAGCGGGGCAGCUCCGUGGACCAGGUCACUCUGCCCUCCUUCAGGCACGCCCUUGUUGUAUUUGGAGGCCUUGAGGGCUUGGAAGCUGGGGUUGAUGUGGACCCAAACCUGGAGGUCACCGACCCAAGUGUCUUGUUUGACUUUUACCUGAACACGUGUCCCAGCCAAGGCAGCAGAACCAUCCGGACAGAGGAAGCGCUGCUGAUCUCUCUGUCUGCGCUGAGACCACACAUGGAGGAGGCUGUGAAGACACCCAGAGACAACUGAGGGAAGGGAAACCACUGACCUUGCCCCUGUGGAGGCAGCUCUUCAAAUGUGGGGUGCUGGGCAAGUCACUCCAGGAGCCUGGAGGGACCAAGGCACAGUGUGACUGGAGCUGGCAGUGCUGCCCAACUGUGGAAGCCCAGGGUCAAAGAGAGACACCUCUCUGUAUACAAUGGCCUCGCCCAUAAGCAGUUGCAGGCUCAUGUUAAUGCCACAGGUUAUAUUGGUAUCACCUAGUAAAACUGCUCUUUUUUCCUUAUAUGUACUCCCUCUAAAAUGUUCUCCCCUCUCUUGUCUCCUGUUGGUCCUGGUUUAGUGCAAUGCUCCACCCUUGUUACCUCAUUUGUUCCCCAGCUGGCUGCCCCUGCUGUGCACCACUGGUACUCAAUUCCCAUUGGCCCUUGACCCUCAGACGCGCCCCUUUUCCCCCGUAAAAAACCCUGUGUCCUCAGCCCCGUUUUGUCUCUGUCCCUGGACCCUCUUCGUUGCAAUAAACCACGUUUGGAGCCCCA